CGGCGAUGUUGCUCCAGCUCAGGCUGCACGAUCUAAUGGCGUUAACUGAAACAUUCCGCUGCUCAUAGGAGGGGUUUUACUCGCCAUGGCCCUCGCCAGCACCUUCGAGAAGGAGACGGAGCGAGAAACCAAGAAUCUGAUCAGGUGUGUUUGUGGUCAGGAGGAUGAGGAGGAGCCCAACUUCCAGAUCGCACUCAAAUUUGCCUCCUCCAACUUCAGGUUCCAUCGUUUCCUGGAUGUGGACAGUCACAAGGUGCAGCGAAGCAUCAAUGGAAUCUACGAGAAGCUCAUGGUCCACUCAGAAGUCAGGAAAGCCGAAAGCUGGAUGAGGCUGACUGGCGAGUUCUUCAACUCCCCUUUAUUUACCAGCAGUGAAAAAAAGACUGACGCCCACUACAGCGUCUUGUCACUGCUGCUCUGCUUGUCAGGGUCCCCCUCCAACACCAACUUCACGGAAAGACCCCGCGCGAAGGAGGCUGAGCCAGAGGACAGUUUUGACUGGGCUAGAUACCUGACGGAGGGAGAGGACUUGGACCGGGGGCCCUUCCCGGAUACUCCUGAGUGGUCCGAGGAGGAGAGCGAGGAGGAGGACGGCCAUCAGCCAAUCAGCAGGGAGGACUCUGGCAUCCAGCUGGACAAAACCCCCCAGGAGGACAAAGAGGGCGGAAACAAGACGGUCCAGGUCACAUGGACAGUGGGCGAACCCGACGCCCGGGUCUGGCUGGAGCAUCACGUGGUGACCCCCUACUGGGUGGGACACGCCACUCGAUUCGCCCACAGCCUCCAUUUGCACUCCAACCUGCUCAAUGUCUGGGACCAGCACCUGUACAACACCGACCCGCUGUACCUGCCGGAGGAAAAACCCUUCAUCACAGAGACACAGGUUAUCCGAGAAACGCUGUGGCUUCUGUCCGGGGUUAAAAGACACUUCAUAUUCCAGCAUCACGACGGGAAAGUGUCCGUGAGGAACAACGUGGUGGUGACUCAUCUGACCAGCAACUGUCUGCGCUCCGUGCUGGAGCACGUGGCCGUGUACGGCCAGGCCGUGUCCAGGCUGCAGAGGUUCAUCGACGAGGUGACGGGGCACAGCCCGGAGCUGGGCCCGGCCGGAUCCGGCUCCGCCCACGGCGCCAAGAGGGGCUCGGAACCUCCCUUCAGGACCUACCAGGCCUUCGUGUGGGCGCUCAACAAGUUCUUCGCCAGCUUCAAGGAGGAGCUGACCGCCAUCGAGAGAGGACUGGUGUGUGAAGAUGAAACCGUGACCCUGUUAGCCGUUCUGGAGCGCCUCGGUCCAAACCUGGCUCAGAUCAAAGUGCUCUACAAGGUUUUCUGCACCGGGGUGGCCGAGGUCCCCCCCGAGACCCCCAACGUGGUGCGGGCGUCCCACCUGCUCAACACGUUGUACAAAGCCAUCAGCGAGUACGACAGCGUUGGGGAAGCCUCCGAGCAAACGGUGGCAUUGCUCUUCUCACUGUGGACCGAGACCGUCAGACCCUAUUUGGAGAUAGUGGACGAGUGGAUCGUCCACGGUCACCUGUUUGACCCCGCCAAAGAGUUCAUCAUCCAAAGGAACAAGGACGUGGCAGUCAACCACAGGGACUUCUGGUACGCCACCUACACGCUGUACAGCAUAUCUGAGGCGGUGGAGAGCGACACGAACGACGCGGCCAGCGGAAGCUCGGCGGGCGACGGCAGCACCGGCAUCAGGCAGCUCACCAUGGUGUCCUUCCUCAAGCCCGUCCUCAAGCAGAUCAUCAUGGCCGGCAAGUCCAUGCAGCUGCUCAGGAACCUGGACUGUAAAGACCCCCAGCAGUCUGAGGGCUCCUCUAGAGAUGCCGAGCGCAAGAGUCUGUACACGAUGUUCCUGGAGUCGGUGCAGUCGCGCCUGUGCAGCCAGGACCAGUCCCCCACAGGCAUGGUGACGGAGCAGCAGGCCACCAGGAGGAGCCUGUUUAAGAUGCAGUCCAUCAUCGCACAACACCUGGAGAUGAACGACCUCCAUGACCCCCUGCUGGCCAUCAACUUUGCCAGGCUCUACUUGGAGCAGAGCGACUUCCACCAGCGCUUCUCCAAGGACGACUUCACCGUGGACCGCUCCUCCCAGGCGGUCACCUGCCAGACCUUCCAGCUCACCUUGCGCUCCUGCCUCUACCCUCACAUCCAGAAGCGCUACAUCGAGUGCUGCGGGAACCUCAUGAAGACGCUGAAGAAGGACUACAAGCUGCUGGAGUACCUCCAAGCCAUGAGGAACUACUUCCUGCUGGAGGCCGGAGACACCAUGUACGACUUCUACACGGCCAUCUUUGACAAGGUGCGAGAGAAGGAGACCUGGCAGCAGCCGUCCUUCCUCAACGCGCAGCUGCAGGAGGCCGUGGGACAGCGCUGCCCGGAGGACAGUAGCAGGUUGUCAAUCUUCUUGGAGACUAUGGACCCGGCCCGGAAAAAACAUCCCGUCAACAAUCUCGAAGUACUGACCCUCAGCUACAAGGUUCCCUGGCCUGUGGACAUUGUGAUCAGCUCCGAGUGCCAGAAGAUUUACAAUCAGGUCUUCCUGCUGCUGCUGCAGAUCAAGUGGGCCAAGUACAGUUUGGACACGCUUCGAUUCAGUGAUUUUAUGGACUUCACCAAGAAAGUGGAAGAGGAGGUGGCUGACCAUGUGAAGGCCAAAGAGUCACUCAAGCAACAGAUUCAUCGCAUGUGUUUACUAAGAGUCAAACUCAUGCACUUUGUCAACAGCCUGCACAACUACAUCAUGACCAGGAUCCUGCACAGCACCGGCCUGGAGUUCCAGCACCAGGUGCAGGAAGCCAAAGACCUGGACCAGCUGAUCAAGAUCCAUUACAGAUAUUUGGCAACCAUUCAUGACCGCUGCUUGCUGAGGGAGAAGGUCAGUUUCGUCAAGGAAGCCAUCAUGAAGGUGCUCAAUCUGGUCCUCAUCUUCUCGGACCGAUGGCAAGCCGGGUUCGGCGCGUGGAAGAUCGAGUCCAUCGACAAGAUGGAGUCUGACUUCAAAAACUGCCACAUGUUCCUGGUGACGAUCCUCAACAAAGCUGUGUGUCGAGGCUCCUUCCCUCACCUGGAGUCCCUGGCCCUCUCGCUGAUGGCCGGCUUUGAGCAGUGCUGACAGUAAGUAGCACUCCGAGUCUGCUCCACACCUCCUUCUUCUUCUUAAUGUCAGCCAAAUCAAAUCCUGCACUCCAGCUUUUGAUACCGCGACUUGCUACUCCUGAACUCGUACAGAUAUGGGAUUAGAAGAGGUCCACAGCAAUGGCACUGAUGCCCAGUUGGGUCCUUAUCUAUAUUAAAUACUUUUUACUUUCAAAACAA